UAUGGUAUCGCUUUCCUCUAGUAGGCUCCAAGAUGGCUGAGGUGGAUUUUGGGGACAUUGAGCUGUUUGAGCAAUUAGAUGGGGAUUUACCGGCGACGUCCGUACAUGUGCGCUUUGAAAAUGAUAGCGAGGGAGAAAAUAACGUCCUAAAGGAGCUGGUUGCUCAACACGAGGAGACAAUCAAUCAGCUUAGGGCAGAGAAUGAAAAGCUUAAAAGAAAAUUGUCCCUGCUGAAUCGACCAAGUGGGUUGCCUGUGGAGGAUAAGUUAGAGGGCCCUUUGCUGCAAAUCCUGUUUAUGAACCACACAGUUUCAAAGCAGUAUCACCAAGAAAUAGAAGAAUUUAUAACCAGUUUAUCUCAGAAAUAUGAAGAGCAUCAGAAAUCCAAUUCUGAAAAAACCUCUUUUAAUAUUAAGCCCCAGCCAUCAAGUAUUCAGUUGGAAGAAAAUGACCACUCCGGUUCAGAAACAGUGAAAAAAAGCAAAGAAGCUUUUUGUGUUGUUGGUAGUGUCCAGUAUUUUAAGAAUUUUUGCCUUGACAAGCUCGGCCAACCGUUAUUAAAUGAAAACCCACAACUGACUGAUGGAUGGGACAUACCAAAAUAUCAACAAGUUUUUACUCAGAUUGUCUCUCUAGAUGGGCAAGAAAUACAAGUAAAGUCUAAAAGGCCGAAGCCAUGCUGCUUCAACUGUGGCUCAGAAGAACAUCAGAUGAGAGACUGUCCAAAACCAAGGGACCAAGCCCAUAUAACCAAGAAGAGAAAGGAGUUUAUGGAUGCAUGUGGGGAAGCUGGUAACCAGAAUCAGCAGAGAUAUCAUGCAGAAGGAGUAGAGGAGAGGUUUGGGAAGUAUAAACCUGGUGUUAUUAGUGAAGAACUUCAAGAGGCCCUUGGAAUCACAGAAAAAAACUUUCCUCCAUUUAUAUAUCGAAUGCGCGAGCUAGGUUACCCUCCAGGUUGGCUAAAAGAAGCAGAGUUGGAAAACUCUGGGCUUGCCUUGUAUGAUGGAAAAGAUACAAGUGAUGGUGAAAUAGAGGAAAGAGACACUGAAGGAAAGAAACAUGUUUCAUAUGAUGUUUCUAAAUUGGUCAACUAUCCUGGCUUUAAUAUUUCUGCACCCCCUGGCAUGUUUGAUGACUGGCAAAUGUUUGGAUCAAUCCCAAUGCAGCCUGCUCACCAGAAAGAUAUUUUUGCGACCUACCUAACCACAACUUUUCCUUCUCAAUCCCCAAAUAACAGCAAUAAGAGAUCUGCUUGCCAGUCAAGUUCCUCAGAGAGAAAAAGGCAAAAAACAUCUGGAAAUCAUACAGUGACAUCAGCUGUAGACAUGGAUAUGGAAUCAGAUGAGGAAAUGUACCGCUCUCGUCAUUUGAAAGGGUACACAUUCCAACCACCUCUGCCUCCUGGUUCACCUUCUUAUGGUACUCCACCUCCCUUACCUCGUGGAACUCCUCCUUCUACCCCUCCAAACUUCAUUCCACCCCCUCCACCAACACCAACUCCACCGCCUCUUCCCAAAGGGACACCUCCACCCACACCUAACCGAGACUCUCCAAAGGUGCCACCACAGGUCUUAGAUGAAGAUACAUGGACACUUGAAGAGCUGGAAGAAAAACAACGGUUGCUUUGGGCACAACUUGAUAAUGCUGAAAGUACAAAUAGUGAUUGUGAUGCACAUACACCCAUAACUGGGAGUUCUGUCACCUCAUCUCCAAGCAGGACUGAUUUAGAUAUUGUCACCAGAUGCAAAGCUGCUUCUCAACAGCCAGCCAAUGAAUUUAAGACUCCCUGUGGUAUCUCCAAGUCAUUUGUACCAGAAUCUGAAGAAGCCAGUCUACUUAUAACUGAAGAAGAUAGUGAAGCAAAUGAGGACAGCAAUGAGUGUUAUGUGGCAGAAGGUAAUGAUAUAGAAGAACACAAACUAUCCCCAAACCAUGAGAAGACAUCUGAGAAGAAUCAAGCAGACGAAUAUGCCACAGAAGAGGCAGCCUGCGUAGAGCCCUCCCCAAAAAUGUCAGGUGUGCCUGAUAUGAGCAAGUUUGCAGAAGGGAUUACACCAUUUGAAUAUGACAAUAUGUCGGAUUCUACUGGUGUUUAUCUACGGCUAAGAAGUGUGCUUAAGAACUCCCCGAGAAACCAACAAAAAAGUAAAAAGCAAGUUUAGUAAAUUUCAUUUGGUAUAUUUUGAUCUCUCUAAAAAAAAAAUAUAUACAUCUAAUAUAUUGUUUGUCAGCCGCUAAAUAGCGUAAAUAGCAUAUGAUCGGAAAUAGCAUAUGAUGGAAAUUCAGAAGCAUCGGGGCAUGUGGUAGUUAAGAUUUACAGCUAAUUAGUGAUCAACUGUACAACAUUGUGCCUUAGUAAGGCAAUGGUUCAUGUGAAGAAUCAAGAGGCUUCUACUCUGUAUGUAUAUGGGGUGUAUAACAGUUUUGCUGUCUUUUCUUCCUUGGAUGUCCCAAAUCCCUUAUGAGUAUUCUGAUCCUGCCUCCUGUUGGUGAGUAUUGCCUGUCCAGAAGUCUCUUCACAUGAAUGAGAUGAGUGUGUGCAUGCUAAUAGCAUAAUGUUGUAUGCAGUAUCAGCUUAAACAAAGGUUUUUGAGAGAGAUGAUGAUUAGGGAUACUGAAGAAGUAAAAGUCAUGUAUAUCAAAUGUAAACAUGAUUUUUACAGUUGAUCCUUCCUCUUCCUUUGAUAGCUUCAGCAUAAUUAACUUACAAAAUACUGUUAGCAGAACCAUGUGUGAAAAUGGAAAAUGCAUACGGGCAGAAGUCUGUGCAUCUUUCAUUUCAUCAGAACCCAUUGACAGAAAUGCAUCACGGCAAGAUAGCAAUGUUAAUAUUUGUUUUAGAAACACCCUUGACUAUGUGUGUAUUUGAUGCAUCUAGUGUAAGUUUCUUUUCUUUUGUAGGUUUUAUACAGUCAGAUGUGGUGAGUUUUUGGUAGGGUGGUAUUUUUUUUUUUUUUUUUUAAACUUUUGUAAAUUUGUUUGGCAUUGUCUGUUUUCUGAUAUAUGCCACAGAUCAGUUUCUUAUAUUGAAUGUUUUUAACACUUUAAAUUUUUUACCUAAGAAUGGCAGAAAUAACGCAGUCUCUGUUGUCUUCACUGGUCUAGAUAUUUUUAUACAUCAUUUCAGUGGGGGUUUUAGUUUUUAAAGCCACUUCUACCUUUUCUAAGACCAUUUCUCAUAAACUUGCUGUAUAGAGUAUAUCCAGUGUACAGAAGUUUAAUAAAUGAGUUUUUUUUCAUAA